AUGUUUUGGCUCUUUCUUAAAUUAGGCGAGUACAAACAAGCCUUUGUCCGCCUAUUUGUGUGUCCUCUUUGCUUCACGAUAUUGGGGGGGCUGGCUAAAAUUGCGCAUUGCGUCCCCAAAAACAAGCUCGCGAUCGGUCUUUUGAUUUUCCUCCAGCUACAAAUGGUGGUAGGAGGGGUAAUCAUGAUAGUGGCUUACCCGGCAAGCACCUUACAAUAUAUCGUUAAUCAGGAAGAUCGCGAGAUCGUCUAUGCGCGGACGUGUUCCCAACUAAUCAACAAAUACAAGAAAGACAUCAACCGCAUCCAAAUCCCCUCCACCGAUGGCGAGAUAUUGGACUCCGUCAUCGUCAAGCAGCCCUAUAAUACCGAGCGCUGGAUGAUGUUUUUUGGCGGGAAUGCCGAGUUUUUGGAGACUUCGCUUCUGCAAAACUCCAUCAUCGCGGAUGAGCUGUCGGCCAAUCUCAUUUUAUACAACUCCCGAGGUCUCGGGCGAAGCAGCAGUUAUGUGAUGAAGCUCAGCGAUCUCGUGGAGGAUUCCCUGACGGUCGCCCGCUACGUGGUCCAGCGCGAGAACAUCACGCCGUCGAAUUUGAUCUUGUAUGGCCAUAGUAUGGGCGGGGGCACGGCCUCCGCGGUGGCCGCCCAGGCCUUCCCCACCAGCACCCUCGUGAUUGAUCGCUCCUUUUCCGACAUCAACGACGCGGCCACGUUGAUGUCGCCUUUUACGCCGGCCUUCACGACAUUUGUCUUGUCCUUGUCGAUCGGGCAGCUCGACGUGAUUCGCUGCUGGAACCGAAUCCACCACGAUCGCAAACUUAUCUUGUACGCGCGAAAUGACGAGACGAUUUCCUACAAAACGGCCUCGAUCGCCCGUCUGCCGAAAUUUCAUAGCGGCAGAUCGGAUCAAAAAUAUGUUAUCGAACUCCACGGCGAUAAAGUUUUGUCGUGGCAUAAUUCACCUUUAUUCGAGUUCUACGAAAAAGAUGCGAUCCUCAGCUAUUUAGAUCGGUGUUUUGAAACUAAGCCAAAUAAUCCCAUCAAACAGCUUCCAGUGAAUCCAUAA